CGAAAACGAAAAAAAAACAGAAAACAAUUUCGGAAUUAUUAUGAAAACAGAUCUGUUUUUGCUACGAAUCUGAUCUGCGUUUUUUAAUUUUAUUUAUUAAAACCGAACACCACCUCUCACUCUCUUCUCUCUAUUUGGAUUUCGGUUUCGGUUUCAAUAAUUGUAGAGAAAAAUGUACGGAUUCGAAGCAAUGACGUUCAACAUUCACGGCGGUUACCUGGAGGCGAUCGUGAGGGGCCACAGGGCCGGGCUCUUGACGGCCGCUGAUUACAACAAUCUCUGCCAGUGUGAAACCCUGGACGAUAUCAAGAUGCAUCUCUCUGCCACCGAGUACGGUCCCUACCUCCAAAACGAACCUUCACCAUUGCAUACAACUACGAUUGUGGAGAAAUGCACUCUUAAAUUGGUUGAUGAGUAUAAGCACAUGUUGUGCCAAGCCACUGAGCCUUUGUCAACCUUCUUAGAGUAUAUCACAUAUGGUCACAUGAUAGACAAUGUUGUCUUGAUUGUUACUGGAACCUUGCAUGAGAGAGAUGUUCAGGAAUUAUUGGAGAAAUGCCAUCCUUUGGGCAUGUUUGACAGCAUUGCUACACUGGCAGUUGCUCAAAAUAUGCGGGAGCUUUACAGAUUGGUGCUUGUCGACACACCAUUAGCUCCAUACUUUUCUGAAUGUAUUACAUCUGAGGAUUUGGAUGAUAUGAACAUCGAAAUAAUGAGGAACACUCUUUACAAGGCUUACCUUGAAGAUUUUUACAAGUUUUGUCAGAAAUUGGGUGGUGCCACUGCAGAGAUCAUGUCUGACCUCCUAGCUUUUGAGGCUGACAGAAGGGCUGUCAAUAUCAGCAUAAAUAGUAUUGGGACUGAGCUUACCCGGGAUGAUCGUCGGAAACUGUACUCUAACUUUGGGUUACUUUAUCCCUAUGGCCAUGAGGAACUUGCCGUCUGUGAGGAUAUAGAUCAGGUUCGCGGUGUUAUGGAAAAAUAUCCUCCAUAUCAUUCUAUCUUUUCUAAAUUGUCAUAUGGAGAGAGCCAAAUGCUCGACAAGGCAUUUUAUGAAGAGGAGGUGAAAAGGCUUUGCUUAGCAUUUGAGCAGCAGUUCCAUUAUGGUGUCUUCUUCGCAUACAUGAGGCUGAGGGAGCAGGAGAUCAGGAACCUGAUGUGGAUAUCUGAGUGUGUGGCUCAGAACCAGAAGUCUAGAGUUCAUGACAGUGUGGUUUUCAUAUUUUAGUUUCUCUUCAACUCUGUUAUAAACAACAAUCUUAUGAUCUUUUGCAUAAUCUUGCUGUAAAUUGCCCCACCACCUUCUCUAUUCAUCAUCUUCGGUUCCAUCAAUAGCAGCUGUUUACCUGGCUGCAACGAUCGCAGGAUUUGUGUAAUAAAAAGAAAAAAAAAAAUUGUAUGUGUUUAUUUUCAUGGUUAUUUUAAUUGAGACUGAGAUCUCUUGUAUUAUGAUUUAUCUUAUAUUAUAUUAUUGUUCCGAGGA